ACAUGUAUUGACAUUUGACACAACUCCAUGUUUUUUUUUUUAUUCCUAACCUCUAUUUCGCCUAAAACAAAGUUAUUUUAGAUUUGUAAUUAAUGAAUCGGUUGACGCGUGGUAUAUUAUUAAAAAACUUACGUGCCAUCACCCAAGAAAUGUCAAGAUUUCAGUCUGAUUACGCAAGUUUUAAAAAAAUCUUGGAUAAGGCCCAGAAUAUAAUAGCCCUAACAGGCGCUGGUGUUUCCGCCGAAUCAGGGAUUCCUGUUUUUCGAGGGGCUGGCGGUUGGUGGAGAAAUCAUCGAGCUACUGAAUUAGCCACACCAGAAGCUUUUCAAAGAAAUCCUGCCUUAGUUUGGGAAUUUUAUCAUUAUCGAAGAAACAUUGCUUUUAAUAGUAUUCCAAAUAAUGCCCAUUAUGCCUUGGCACUUUAUGAAGAACGUUGUAAACAGGAAGGCAGACAAUUCCACAUCAUUACUCAAAAUGUAGAUGGUUUACAUUUUCGGGCAGGUUCAAAAGAAGUAAUUGAACUACAUGGAUCAUUAACAAAAGUGAAAUGUACCAAGUGCAAAUUUAUUGAUGUUAAUAUUGAUAAUCCAAUUUGCGAAGCAUUAAAAGAUAAAGGUGAUCCCAUUGCAAAGGACACCAAUGAAUCUCAAAUUCCCAUAGAUGAAUUACCCAAAUGCUCAAAAUGUGGUUCAUUAGUUAGACCAUAUAUUGUGUGGUUUGGAGAAAUGUUGGAUCCAGAGACAAUUGAAAAAGCAAUGUCACUUGUGGAAACAGCAGAUAUGUGCAUUGUUGUGGGGACUUCAUCCGUGGUAUAUCCAGCAGCUAUGUUUGCUCCUACAAUUGCUGAACGCGGAAAACCUGUCGCUGAAUUUAACAUAAAUGAAGAACCAGCCAGUGAUGACUUUAAAUUUUAUUUUAAUGGAAAAUGUGGUAUCACCUUGCCUAAAGCUUUAGGAGUGAAUUUGUAACAGUAUCUUGUUUAUUUUUUAAAUAUUAUUUAAUACAAAAAUAGUUAAGCUCCAUUCCUAAUAAUUUAUUAAGAAUUACUUUCUUACAUAAUACUUAUAAUUAGAAGUACUGAAUUUUAGAAAAUGUUAUUUUGUUAAAAUUUUUCAAAUUAUUUGGAUUGUUAUUUAAACGCGCAAUACAUUUAUUAUUGUGUCUAGUUAUUUUUAUAUGGUAUUUAAACGUAUAUUAUCAAC